AUGAUCCACGACCGAAAGGUGAACGGAAAGUUAUACAAAGAUUGCAUGGUUGGCACGGCUAUGGUCGACUGGCUGUUGAACAACUGCAAAGCAACUGUUCAGACCAGGACUCAGGCAAUCGGAAUAUGGCAGGUUUUACUGGAAGAGGGAUUAAUAACUCAUGUGACAAACGAGUAUUCGUUUCUCGACAAGUACUUACUGUACCGCUGGAAUGAAGGCAGCAGCCCUUCAAAGGAUGACGGUUUAACCGGAAUCGAAGGAGACCUUACAACCGAACAAGAGAUCAAUGAUGCCGUUGUAUAUCUAUCUCUCGUAGGACCUGAUGCCGUAUUCAGAAUGAUCCUCAGCAAAGCGCCGUCGGACAGAACAUCGGAAGAAAUCGACAUCGUUUUCGAAGAGCUGCUCAGCAUUAAGGCAUUUUCCCACCUGAGCACUAUGGUGAAACGCGAGCUGGCUGCCGUGAUGAUGUUCGAGCACCACCAGAAUGCGGGCACCGUUCUGUUUCGGCAAGGAGAAGUCGGAAAGUCGUGGUUCAUCAUUCUGAAAGGGUCUGUCAACGUGGUCAUCUACGGAAAGGGAACCGUGUGCACGCUGCGGGAGGGUGAUGACUUCGGUAAAUUAGCACUGGUGAAUGACGCACCUCGAGCGGCGACGAUCAUCCUCAACGAAGACAACUGCCAGUUCCUCCGUGUGGACAAGAACGAUUUCGAUCGUAUCCUUCGCGAUGUCGAAGCAAAUACCGUAAGACUCAAGGAACAUGGCUACGACGUUCUCGUGCUCGAAAAGUUUCCAGUCAUGUGUACCUCAUUUGAAAACUCCAAAGUCAUGCCACAGCAUCGGUAUGAAAAACUUUUGAAAACGAAAUGA